AUGGGUUCGCAAGCACCCGAUUCUAAUAUCCAAUCUCUUGCCACUACUCUCUCCCGCAAUGCAGAUAUUUUAGCCAGUGAAUGGAACAAGGUCGGCCUUGGUGAAUAUUCACUAGAUGACGAACGGGCACCUGUUGAUCUCCCCCUGCUAAGCCCCGAAGGCUCCGAUGCUCAAAUCGCAGUGAUAUCAGCCGCGGAGCAGAUCCUACGCCUCGCCCGGGGACCACUGACUCACCUCAACAACUACUGUCUUGCCACAGGAGAAGUCGGGACCGUCAAGGCCCUGGUUAAACUAGGAAUCCCCCAACUCAUCCCCUUGGGCGAGUCAAGGUCCUAUAAGCAACUUGCCGAAGCGACCAAUGUCUCCGUGGCUUUGUUGCAGCGGUUGGUCCGAUUUGCCCGCGUAUGCGGGUUUCUGAGCGAAGACCAAGAUGGCCGAGUCAAGCACAACGCCAUGUCGGCCGUGUUUGUCAAGGACGAGCGCGCAGCAAAUGGCGCUAUCUGGAACCUCGAAGUUCCGUUCAAUGCGUCCACCAAGAUGCACGAAUCCUUGCAGCUGGAUCCGCAGGGUCAGGAUCCCCAUGCCUGCGCAGUCAGCGUGGCGUAUCAGACCGAGGGCGCUGCUCGGCCUUCCCUGUGGGAUAUCAACGAGAGGAUCCCCGGUCUGGACCAGAAAUUCCACGAUCUCAUGAUCUCGAGCUCUGCCUCUUCGCUGGAGUCGCUGGAGCAUGUCGUUCGCGGGGGAGACUGGGAGAAUAUCGGCUCCGUGGUAGAUGUCGGCGGAUCAAGCGGUCACGCAGCAUUCGCCAUCGCCGCGCGCCACCCGCACAUCAAAUGCAUCGUGCAAGACACAAAAGCCGCCAUCGCCACAGCCACCGAAACCCCCAACGUGUCUUUCCAAGAGCACGACUUCUUCCGUCCUCAGACCGUCGUCGCGGAUGCGUACUUCUAUCGCUACAUCAUCCAUGACUGGUCGGACGACGACGCCAAACGGAUCCUUGCGGCUGCCGUGCCUGCAAUGCGCACCGGCGCCCGGCUCAUCGUCAUGGAUAUGAUUACCCCGGAGCCGGGGACGGUGCCGUCGCACGUCGAGAAAUAUAUCCGGGGGCUGGAUGUGCAGAUGCAUAUGUUGCUGGCUGGGAAGGAGCGCACCCUGGACCAGUUUCGGGGGCUGAUUGCUGAGGUCGAGCCGAAGUUGAAGUUUACGAGCUGUGUUUGUCCUCCGGGAAGUGCGCUGAGUCUGAUGACUUGGACUUAUCGUGAUGAUGCGUAG